AUGUACAGGAGCAAGAGACUUCGGACGCCGGCCAGCAUGUUCGUUAUCAAUCUGGCUGCUAGUGAUUUCCUAAUGGCCAUCACGCAAUGUUCAGUUUUCUUCCCCAGCAGCUUCAACAAGUGAUGGAUUUUUAAAAAGGGGGGCUGUGAGCCGUACGCUUUCAGCAGCGCCCUUUUUGGCGUCGCUUCCAUGAUCACGCUCAUGCUGAUAGCUCUGGACAAGUAUUUUGUGAUGAGGCGACCCCUGGCCUCCAUCGCAGCGAUGUCUAAGACGAGGGCUUUUCUAAUCUUAUUAGGAGUCUGGCUGUAUUCCUUGGCCUGGAGUCUGCCCCCCUUCUUUGGAUGGAAUAAAAUGGUGAUUAGGAAGUUUUCCCCGUGCCUUGGGUGCCUGCUAAGAAUUUCUCAUAAAGACUCCAGAUAACACCCACCCACCAGACGCCCCAAAGUCACCAGCCAGUCCUAUGGUAAAAAUGGACAGCCGAGAGGAAAAGGAAGGCUUUCCUCUAUCUCAGACAGUGAAUCUUACUAGAUGGGCACGGAGGCAGGUAUCUUCAGCCUGAACUCCAGAGGCACUGGUGAGCAAGUUUCUUAUGAAAUGUAUGAAGACAAUGCAGAACCAAGGGACAUCAGAGUCACAUCGAAACUAAAAAGUCACGAUUCAGAGAUUUUUGAAAAGAAACUGUAG